GCUUAUGUUGUGGGCGGAGUUUAUCCAAUAAUUAUGGGAUUACUGGAGUGUGCGGAGGUGAACUGACUCAAAAUGGAGGGAGAUCCAGUCAUGGAAUGCAUUCAGUCUCAGCUCGUGGCGGGAGCUCCUGAACUGCAACAAACAAACAUAGACAACAUUGAAGCUGAAACAGACGAAGUUAUUGUCUCCACACAAGAACAAGCGAUUCUACACCAAAGGUUAUUGUAUGCCCCAGAGGAUGACGAGAGGGUUUCCAGUGAGCAGGUUCCGGUACUAAUGGACGAUGAGUUCUCAAGUGAUUCGGACUCUGACAUAGAACCAGAUCUUCCGCCAGGUCUGGACGGUGCUGCUUUUCAAAGUCGUCUCCCAGCUAAUAAACUAACAAGACAGGAAAUUGAUUUCUUUCCAGACAUUGCCAGCGGGUCCCAGUCAGCCAUUAUGGAGUUUCUGAGGAUCAGAAAUAAACUGCUCCAGGCCUGGCUUCACGAUCCUUUGAACGAACUAACUGCUGAUAAGGCACAAUCGAUUGCUAACAUACCUCACUCAGUUUCAGGGAAGAGUAAUUUGGUUUUGAGGAUACAUGGGUACCUCUCAAGAUACGGGUUCAUCAAUUUUGGAGUCUUUAAACAGCAAAACCCACUGGAAGGUAAGAUGCCUUUCAAAGUCCUAGUAAUAGGAGGUGGUAUCAGUGGACUAAUGACAGCAAGACAGCUGCAAUACUUUGGGCUUGACGUUUCUAUCCUUGAAGCAAGAGAUCGUAUUGGUGGGCGUGUCAAUACAUUCAGAAAAGGUGCUUACUCGGCAGAUUUAGGAGCAAUGGUUGUAACUGGAUUAGGUGGUAACCCAUUAUCUGUGAUAAGGAAACAGGUCGGGCUCCAGAUGUCAAAGAUAAGGAGGAGGUGCCCGCUGUACUACACCACAGGGGAAAUGGUACCGAGGGAGAGGGACAGGACAGUAGAACUGGAGUUUAACAGGCUACUGGACACUGUGUCUUACCUCUCACACCACCUCCAGGUGGACCAACUCAAUGGACAUUCACUGUCUCUAGGAGAAGCACUGGAACUGCUCAUUGAACUGCAGGAGAAGCACUCUCGGGAGAAGCUUAAAGAACACCUAACGAUAAUGUCAUCAUUACAACUGGAGCUGAAAGGGAUCUACACUCAAAUAAAAGAAAUACAAAUGAAGUUGAAGGAGGGGCAAGAGAGACAGAGACAACUUUUAGAAGCUCACGGAAACAAUCCGAAUGAUAUUGAUUUCAUAAAACGUUCAACGGAGCAGGACUUAUACCAGCUGUUUCAACAGUACGACACUUUACACGAGCAAAGACAAGAUAUAGAGAACCGUCUUGAUGAAGCUGAAGACACUGACAUACCAGCUGUCUACCUCUCACCACGGGACAGACAAAUCUUGGACUGGCAUUUCGCUAAUCUUGAGUUUGCUAACGCGAGCCCUUUAAACGUGUUGUCCCUCCGUCACUGGGAUCAAGAUGAUGAUUUUGAAUUCACAGGUGCUCACUUGUGUUUACGAGAUGGUUACGACGCUCUACCCAAGUCUCUAUCCAAAGGACUGGACAUCAGAUUAAAGACAGCUGUAACUGCUAUCAACUAUUCCGCUGACGGUACUGAGGUGAUAGCAACUUCAACCGAGUCAGGUUGUACCAACACGUUCAAAGCUGAUGCUGUUGUUGUUACUGUUCCUCUUGGGGUUCUUAAAGCAGGUGCCAUCACCUUCCAACCUCCUCUACCAGAGUGGAAGCAACAGGCCAUUAACGACCUUGGAUUUGGGCUUUUAAAUAAAGUGAUAUUGUGUUUUGAACAGAGGUUUUGGGAUGCAAACGUUCAUUUGUUUGGUCACGUUGCCUCCAGCACUACCUCAAGAGGAGAGCUUUUCAUGUUUUGGCAUUUAAGUUUCACGCCUGUACUCAUCGCUUUAUUAGCCGGUGAGGAUGCUGUUAAGUACGAGUCACUUCCUGACGAUGUUGUUACCGCUAAAGCAAUGGCCGUACUCCGGUCCAUAUUUGGAGAUAAUUCAGUACCUGAGCCCAAGGAAACAUUUGUAACAAGAUGGCGAGGGGAUGAAUACGCCAGGGGUUCCUAUUCAUACAUAGCCUCCGGUUCCAGUGGCAACGAUUAUGAUUUCCUCGCUGCCUCAGUGAGCCCCACCAGAGCAGGGAGCACUGUGCCAAGACCCAGAUUAUUUUUUGCUGGUGAACACACGAUAAGGAAUUAUCCUGCUACAGUUCAUGGUGCUUUGUUGAGUGGGUUGAGAGAGGCCGGAAAAGUGGCGGACUUUUUAUUAGGAGCAUCGUACACUCCACGCCCACUUUCAUCAUCGGCAGAAGUGGCACAACCUCCAGUUACCCUCUCAGAACUCAUUUAAGAUUCAUUAAUUAAUUAAUUGAUUUAUUAUUUUUUGGCGUAAAUUCCUUUUUUUUCAACAUUAAAAAACCAUCA